AUGUCAACCGAGUGGGAUCCAACUCAAUUCUUCUGCGACUCCAGCGAAGCCAUUGCUCCAUUUGCUCUGCUCGUCCUCAACCAGCCAAUCAAUGAAAGAGCCUUUGCAGUCCUGAAGAAACAUGCAUGCUUCACCAUCUGCGCCGACGGCGGCGCAAACCGCUUCUACGACAUGAUGCACAAGCAGGGAAGGGAAUCCCAAGAGUUACCCAACAUGAUAAUCGGCGAUCUGGACUCCAUCCGCCCCUCCGUGCGUUCGCACUACGAGGGCCUGGGCGUCCCCGUCCUUGAGGAUCCGGAUCAAUACUCGACGGAUUUCACCAAGUGUCUCAAGUACCUCCGCGCGCAGGCAGCUGAGAUCAUCGCUAAGCGCGAGAUUUCAACGCUGUCGCCGUCUGCGCAACUGGAGAUUCUCAUUAUGGGCGGCCUGGGCGGGAGAGUCGACCAGGCGUUCUCGCAGAUCCAUCAUCUGUAUAUGAUGACGAGGGAGGUAGCUGGAGAGCCGGCCAUGGGGGAUCUGUACCUGGUCUCCGAGGAGAGUAUCACGUUUAUUCUGCAGUCGGGAAGGCACACUAUUUGCACGGCAAGAACCAAAAGGCCUGGUGUGUAUCCUAAGCAGGCAGAGGAGGAAUAUUAUAUGCUGGAGGAGAACGUCGGGAUAAUUCCUCUGUCAGGACCGGCGAGGAUCACGACGCGUGGAUUUGAGUGGGAUGUUAAGGACUGGUUGACUGAGAUUGGAGGCCAGAUUAGUACGAGUAAUCAUAUCCGAGCUGAUGAGGUGACUGUGGACACGGGGGUUCCUGUUCUAUUUACGUUGGAGCUAGCGCAAAGAUUUAAGAGGAUGCGCUGA